AUGGCAAAUAAAUUUAUAUUAAUUCCUGAGGAUAUAUAUCGCGGACUACUUACUCACCCCCUACCAGAAACAGGAAAUAUCAAUUUGGAUUUUACAAGAGAAAAUUUGGAAAAUAUUAAAAGACAAAAUGCAAACACAGAAUUAAAGAAUAUAAGUUAUAACCAGGAAUUGAGACGUUAUUUACACAUGUUGAAGGAUCAAAAUGAGAGACCAAUGAAUGUUUCAGUGAGACAAAUGGAAGAUCCUGCUCUGGAGCAAAUUAGAAAAUUAUUACCACUACUCCAAACAAACUCCAAUGAAAUUAAUCAAAAAGUUUUUGAACAAAAUUUUGCCACACCAAAAUUGCCAACGUUAGAAGAGGGUGCCGAUUUAAAUAAUGAUCAAAGUAUAAAUACGGUCGAGGAAGAAUCUUCAGAUACCAAGGGAAAAAGUGAGCCAAAAAAGACAAUAAUAAAAGAAAAAACAAAUGAAAUUUUUGAAAGUAUGAAGCAAGAGAAUCUUGAUAAAUAUGAUGUCAGUAAUGAUGCAAUGCACAAAAGUCUAUAG